AUGCAAUUUCAAAAUCAGCCACCAUAUACCGAAGAAACUUCAAGUCGAACGUAUAACACAAGCAAUAUUCUGCUAGAGAGUAAUUCCAAAUCUAGCGUAAAACGGUCGAAAAUAAAGAGUGGUGCAAAAUUAAAAAGUAAUUCUAAGAAGCUUCUCCGGAUCCGCAAAAGUAAUUUUAAGUUGGAUAUAAAAAUAAUGAGCUUUAAGUCAGAUGGGGAAAUCAGAUAUGACGAAACAAGGGAAAGCACUUUCAAGCCAGAUAUAAAAGCUAAGCAAGAUGUGAUGCAAUACCAAGAAACGAACAAGAUCACAAAUCAAAAGACAAAACUAUCCUUUUCUUAUCUGGGUCAACAAGUCCUUGUGAUCAAACAUUAG